CAGUUACUUGGACUCCCUGCUUCUUAUAAAACUCCUUCCAUCAUUCCCCAAAUCUAAAACCAUUAACUCUUUUCUUCUUUCACACUCUGUACUCUCCCUCUUCUUCCAUUCCCUUUAAGCAUGGACAAUCAACGCAACCCCCUUCUAAGUUGGGCUUACUACUGCCACGGAAAGACUCAAUCAAUGGACGAGCUGAAGCAGUCCCUUAUGUACACUACUCUUGAGCUUGAACAAACAAGAGCCACUGUUCAAGAGGAACUCAGAAAGAGGGAUGAUCAGCUACUUAGCCUUAAAGAACUGCUCAACAAAGUCAUAAGAGAAAGAGAUGAAGCACAAGAGAAAUGCCAAAGGCUUGUUUUGGAGAAGUUUGUUUUGCAGCAGCAUGCUGCUCCUGCUUCAGGGAUUUCAAGCAUUGAAGAUGAACCAAGGAGAGGAAUUGAGUCCUCCAACAAUGGCCUCUCAUCAUCAGAUUGUGAAGGAAGCAUUGUUUCCUCUCCAGUGAUGGAGCAUUUGCCACAACACCCCUUGUCAGAGUCAAUGAUUGAGUUGAUAUCACCAGAUAAACCGUUGCCAGAAAAGGGAAAGCUUUUGCAAGCGGUUAUGAAAGCUGGUCCUCUUCUUCAGACCCUGCUCCUUGCGGGACCACUUCCUCAAUGGAGACACCCACCACCACCUCUUGAGUCCUUUGAGAUUCCCCCUGUCACCAUUCCUUCACCGCCACAGCUCCUCCACCAAGAUUCUUUUGUUAACAAUACUCCCUCCAACUGUGCAAGACUUAGUAGAAAAAGGGUUCUCUGUGAGGGCUCUGAUUCUCCCUCACAGACCAAGUACCAAAGGAUUCUACUCCACUGACUACUAAGUCUGAUUUAUCCAUUCAGUUUUUAAUUUAUAUCUUUACAACAAAGUUAAUAUGAUUUAAAGCUUAGGAAUAGCAACCUGGUGUUGAACUGAUCUAGCAUAUGUACAGUGGACAGAAGAGGUUAUCCUGAUUUAACUUGGUGGGAGCAGAAGAACAAGAAGGAAAAAAAUACUUGAUUUUGGCUUUAUGGUAAUGUUUGGAUGAAGACUUUAUUUAUCCUUGGCAUUUUCCCCUAUUCACAUUCUCCUUUUGUUUUGUGUGAAGUGAAAGGGUCACUAAAAUUGUAAUGUAACUUAGAUACUGUAGUUCAGUAAGUAAUGUGUGUGUGAGAGAGAGAGAGAGGGAUUGGUGUCUGCGAUCACAUCAACAAUUAAGAGGAUGGGUGAUUGGGUCUGUAGUCGUUGGGAUUGGGAAAUGGUGUGGCCAACCACCAAGGGGGACGGCCAUGAGCUCUGCGUGUCGGGUUAGGUGGACCCACAAAUCAGAAUCAGGAUCUAUUGCUGGUGUGAUGUAUCAUUAUAUUAAGCUUUUCUUGGACAAGUUAUCAUUGUUCACUUCUUAUAUUACUUCUUAUCUUUUGUAAUUCUAAUUCACUAAAGCCUCUUUUAUGUGUCUCCUCAUUCUCUAAUCUGUUAAUGAUUUCCAUUUAGAGCGCGCCAAAUACUUCUUUUUAAGAGCAGAUAAUUUUGACUAUUAUAUAUCUGUGUUACCUAUCAUGAUGUUCGAUGAAAGCAUGGAAAUGAAAGGUAAAAUUAGACUCUGCUAACAAAUCAAGAAUACCAAAUUGUGGUAUAAAAAGUUGAAUCAUAUUAUUGUGUACACCAGAAAAUGAUUAAAAAAAGUUGUCUUCGAUCUUUAAACAACUGUUAUCGCAGAUAGUUGCUUAUCCCUCUAAUUCAUAGUCUGCCACUUCUCUUCCAGAGCGAUUGUGAUAUUAGAAAAUCCUUUAGUUACAAAUUUUCAUUAUUUUUGUGCCAAUUUUUAAUUUUUCAAGAUCUAAAAGAAGGGUGUCAGCAUCAGAGUUCAUACUAAGUGUAGCCAUGUUCUAUAACAGUGGUAAUGUUGAUCAAGGUGACAGUGUCGAGGGCAGGUAAAGGGAAGUCACAUGGAUAGUCUUGUUGAAAGCAGACAGGUAAAUGCAGAGACCGCAUUAACUUUGUUAAAAAUAGUGCGUACUGCACAUAAUUUCCAAGCCUUAGCCUUAUCCAGCAUAUGAUACUACUGUUCCUAUUGAAGAACCUCAGAUUUUAGGGCAUUUUGACCUCUGAUCUUUCCUGUAUUCCUCUCUUGCGUGGUUAGCGCAAGGUAUAGCUAAUUGCUUUCUUUGUUGCAAAAAAUUAAAAACAAAGACGUUACUUUCAUCCAGCUAGCUCUGCUAAUAAACAUUACAUCAAUGCAUCCUUGCCAGUGACGGCAACAAGAAAGUCCUAGAAAACACGCUAAGCCUCUUGUGAAGGGUGAACACUGGCUGCGCAAAUGACGCGACUCAUGCCUUACAAGACAAGAGACGUCGAAGCUUUAGUCAAUAGUAGGCUGAAAUAAGCCAAAUAAAAUAAAACUCGGGGGACACAAGUUAAUAUCACAACGAAAGUUUUAACGAAAUAAAGCCCAGGCCCAUUAUAUACAUCGGGCCAACAAGAAUGCCGCCUAUAUUCAAAUAGCCGAAAAUUCAAAGAGAGUUCAUUUCGAGUAUGCAAGAACGAAAAUUCAAAACACGCCC